AUGAAGAAUAAAGAAAUACGUAUCUUUUCUUUAUUGAUUCUUGAUAGUGUUUUCUUUUUACUUGAAGCUAGUAUUGGUUAUACUGUUCAUUCAUUAGCUUUAAUUGCUGAUUCAUUUCAUAUGUUAAAUGAUAUAAUUAGUUUAAUAAUUGCUUUAUGGGCUGUUAAAGUUAAAAAUACAAAACCAGCAGAUGGGAAAUAUACUUAUGGUUGGCAAAGAGCUGAAAUUUUAGGUGCUUUAAUUAAUGCUGUUUUUUUGUUGGCUUUAUGUUUUACAAUUAUAAUGGAUGCGUUGCAGAGAUUUUUUGAACCACAAGAAAUAUCAAAUCCAAAGUUAAUAUUAGUUGUUGGUAUUGCUGGAUUGAUUAGUAAUGGGGUGGGAUUAGUUUUAUUUCAUGAACAUGGUGGACAUUCACAUUCUCAUAGUGGUUCUGAUUCUUCCCACGGCCAUUCACAUUCUCAUAUUGGGAGUGAUCAAGAAUCUCAAAUUGAAACUACACCGUUAUUAAAACAGGUCAAUGUUAAAUCUUCACCAUCUCAAGUAUUUGAUUAUUUUCCUGAUAAUGUGGUUGAAAGAUACAAUGCACAAACAGAGAGACAAGAAGCAACUGAGGCUGAGGUUAUAAAACAACAACAACAACAACAACAACAAAAGUCUCCACCAAAGAAAGUUAAACGAAAAUCAAUGAAUAUGGAAGGGGUAUUUUUGCACGUUCUUGGAGAUGCAUUAGGUAAUGUAGGAGUUAUAAUUACUGCUUUAAUUAUAUGGAAGACAGAUUAUUCAUGGAAAUUUUAUUCGGAUCCAAUAACAUCAUUAUUAAUAACUAUAAUCAUCUUUUAUAAUGCAAUUCCAUUAUGUUUAAAAGCACUGAAAAUUUUAUUACAAGCUACUCCUCCUUAUAUUGAUUCAGUUUCAAUUUGUGACGAAAUUUCAAAUAUUGAAUUAGUCAAAAAUGUUCAUGAUUUUCAUGUUUGGACUUUAAAUGAAGAUAUUUUAAUUGCUUCUUUACAUAUUGAAUUAAGUUCAAAUACGGAGAUUAAUAAUGAAUUACAACCUCAAAUUGAUAAACAAUUAUUUUUGAAAGUUGUUGAUCAAGUUAAACAAAUUUUACAUAAAUACCAUAUAGAACAAGUUACUGUGCAACCUGAAUUUUCAAUAAAUAGUUGUACAUAG